AUGACUGGGCAAAGCUACAGUGUCUACAAUGCAGUCUAUGCUGUGGCACAUGCUCUCCAUGCUAUGCUUACAUCCAGCUCCAAACACAGAGCAAUUGCCAGUAGUGGAAAACAGAAACUUCUCCAUCCUCAAGUGUGGCAGACUCAACCUCUUUCUUUGUGCAAUGAUCCCUGCAACUUGGGUUACAACAAGAUCAAAAUAGAAGGGAAGCCUUUUUGCUGUUACAAAUGCCUUAAUUGCCCAGAAGGGAAAAUUGCCAACCAGACAGAUUCAGAUGACUGUUUCCCAUGUCCUGAAGAAAGUUAUCCCAACAAGGAUCAGAUUGUUUGCAUUAAAAAACUCACAACUUUCUUGACUUACAAAGAACCCUUGGGAAUCACCUUGACCAGUGUCGCUUUCUUCUUUUCUGUCAUCUCAGUUGUGGUGCUGGGGAUCUUCAUUAAACACCAACAUACUCCCAUUGUCAAAGCCAACAACAGGAGCCUCACUUAUAUUCUUCUCAUUGCUCUUUUGUUCUCUUUCCUCUGCAUUUUGCUUUUCAUUGGGCAACCUGACCAAGUAAAAUGUCUCAUGAGACAAGCUACUUUUGGCAUCCUUUUCUCUGUAGCCCUUUCUUGCAUAUUGGGCAAAACAACCAUAGUGCUUCUUGCUUUCAUGACCACUAAGCCAGAUUCCAAAAUGAGGAAAUGGGUGGGGAAAAGGCUAGCCAGCAUCAUUGUCUUGUCUUGUUCCCUGGUGCAAACCACCAUUUGUAGUGUGUGGCUAUCAAUUUCUCCCCCAUUUCCAGAUUCAGACAUGCAUUCAGAGGCUGGAGAAAUUGUCCUGGAAUGUAAUGAAGGUUCAGUCAUGAUGUUUUAUAUUGUUCUUGGCUUUAUGGGGUUCUUGACCUUUAUCAGCUUCACAGUGGCCUUCCAAGCCAGGAAGUUACCAGAUAGUUUUAAUGAAGCCAAAUUUAUAACUUUCAGUAUGUUUGUUUUUUGCAGUGUCUGGGUGUUGUUUGUUCCCACCUAUCUGAGCACCAAGGGAAAGUAUAUUGUAGCUGUGGAGGUCUUCUCCAUUUUGGCUUCUUCAGCAGGAUUAUUGGGUUGCAUCUUUUUCCCAAAAUGCUACAUUAUUGUUCUGAGGCCUGAUUUGAACAGAAAGAAGCAGCUGAUAAAAAAACAAAAAUGA